AAACUUGAAGAAUUGAAGAAACUUUUUUUAUAUUAUUAAUAUUAUUAAAAUUGAUAGCAACAAUUAUUUGUUAAUUACAUUUCUUCUUGAGAUUUAAAAGUCAUUAUCAAGAUGAAAGCUGAAGAAAAAUCAUCUAUACCGCGAGUACGUAUUGCUAUUAUUGGCAAUGCUGAUGUUGGCAAAUCAGCUCUUACUGUACGCUACCUAACUGGUCGAUUUAUUGGCGAAUAUCGUUCAAAUACAGAUUUAUUAUAUAAUAAAACGAUAACAUUGGAAACGGGUCUGACGGAAGUUGAAAUUGUUGAUGUCUAUGCCGGAAAUAUUGAUGAUGAUGAUAAUCAUGAAUUCCCAAUGGAACAAGUGCUUUGGGCUGAUGCGUGUAUGAUAGUCUAUAAUAUAACAGAGCGUAAUACAUUUGAAUAUGCUGCGAAAUGUUUAGCCGAAUUUAAAGCAUUACAAAAUGCACCAACCGCCUAUUUAGUGGGAAACAAAGCUGAUUUGGAUCAUUUGAGAGAGGUUAACGAGAAGGAAGGCGCUGCGUUGGCGGCCGCCCAUUCAAUUGGUUUCUGCGAAGUUUCGGUAGCUGAAUACACGCCGACCUUAUAUAAAGCCUUUGAGAAGUUAAUCGUUGACUCACGUGCUCGUCCACAAAAGCAAAUACGUAAAUUUUCUGUUAGCAAAAUGUUAGGAACAUUAAUUGGGAACACCAGCUAUAACCAGCAGAAGACAAUAGCCAUCAAUCAUGGCACUGUAGUACCCUGUCACAAGGGUGAAUUGCAUAAGUCGCGUGUUUUAAAGAGACGCCAAGGUUUUACAGCAACUACUAGCCUAUGACAGUCAGCUGCCAAUACGGAUUACUAAGCACAUUUUAAAUAAAAGGACAACAACAAACUCCUUUUCUUUUUUUUUUUUUUAAAGGAAUUUUAGGGAAUUGAAUAUAUAAAAGAAGAAAAAAAGUAAACACAGAGACCACCUAUGCUCUACAAAUUUAUAUACAACUAUAUAUAUCAAUUAGUUUUGCGUCUAGUCAGCGUAAGCCUCAUUCUUAGAUGAAUUGUAACCAUAGAGUAUAUUAUUUAUAAAGCACUCAUAUCGUAGCGUUAUUGAUAGUUUGCAGGUUUUAAGGUAAUUUUUUAAGAAAAUUGUAUUCGUUGGAAAAUAAUUUCUAUUAAAUCCGUUUGCGGGAGAGAACGACGAAGUGAACGGCAUUGAAAAAUGUUUCUUUACAAAAUAUUUUACUGAAAAGUGAAAGCCGGGUUAAUAAUACGGUUGAUUGCAGAAAAGUAGUCAGUAACUUUAUUUAAUAUCAAGAUAAGAAAUUUCAAAAAUUUAUUUAUUUUUUUAAAUUUAUGGAAACACGCUCAACUUGUAUUUAUCAAUUAAAUAGAUUCGUAUAGUAUAAGCAUAUCUUGUACUUCGCUGUAGAGCAUAAUAAUUGUUACGAGAAAAAAAAUGAAGGAACUGCAAGUUCAUGCAAGCUAUUCACCAAAAAAGGCGAGUGACUAUCUAUAUAUGGAAAAGUUUGUGCGUGCAAUUUGAGCCAAAAUGUCUUCGAUUUUUCGGAGACUGUCACAAAAGAUGUUAAGCAUCCAUAUGCUGCGUUAAUUAAUAGUGUAAAAAUUUUAUUGAAAAAGAAGAAAAUUUACAAACAAAAUUUAAAUGAAAAUUUUUGCAACUUUUUUGUACAUUUACUGUAACCGUCCAUCACAUAUAAAACUUUUAAUAGAAAACUAAAAACAAAAGCAUUCCUUCUAGAUGAAUGAAAAAACCGCACAAAUGAAAAAAAAAAAAUUUUUACUCGUCUCAGCGAGAAAAUUGAAAAUAACCGCUGCCAUAGAAAAAAGGUUUCUUAUUGCCAUUAAGCUGAUCAUCAUCAUCAGCUGGAUCAUCAGCUUUCGUUUUGCACUUUUUUCAAACAAUAUUUGAAUAAUAAUUCAGUUCGAUAUCGGCGAGCGCUUUGCUUCCACUAAGCAAGUGAAUCUGUAAUGGGAACUUGAUCUGUGUCAAUCAGCCGCGCUCAGCGUUACCUUGAUACCGUUUUGACGAUUUCAAUAAUAGGAAAAAGAAAGACUAGAUUAUCCCAAGCUUUCCAGGCGUACUCGAUUUGUUUUGAAGAUGGCAUCUUAAUCAUAAAUUGGUUCAGUGUACUCGCUAUUGUCAGAACUAUUUUCAAACUUGGCUCUUGUAACAAGUAGAUCAAGUUAUAGCUUUCUGUUUUACAUUCUGCCGAAAAGAGGUGGACAUAGAGACAGACACUUCAAAACAUUAAAAACAAAAUCACAAAAUUCUAUAUCCUUUGGCUUCGAUGGUGGAUAGUAAGAUUAUUUUCAAUCUAAAUAACUAAACGUUUCUAUGUGUUUCACUUUCCUAAUCCUUUCGAUCUAAAUGUUAACCGUUUAAAAUAAAAUUACAAAAUAUAUUAUCAUCUUUUUAAAUCACUUACGUUCUUCAACCUCAGCAAAGACGGUUCGAAUUUUACAUAUGAAAUUCAAAAACUGAAAAACAAAAGAAGAAAAAAUGUUUUUGUAAAAAAAUGGACAAAAAAA